AUAUUUCAUAUCCUAUAAAUAACCCCACAAGUCUUCUACCAGAAAGCAGAAAGCAGUUCUCUUUGCUCUUCACUCACAGCAAUGGCAGCAAGUCGAUACACCUCCGUCUUGAUCCUGGUUUCUCUGCUUGUUCUACUCACAUUCUCUCACGUAGCUGAGGCUUACAAGACGCUUCCUCAGUCAGCGUGCACGCCGAGAUGUAAGAACCGUUGCUCGGCGACAUCGCACAAGAAGCCGUGCAUGUUCUUCUGCGAGAAGUGCUGUGCCAAAUGCAAAUGUGUUCCUCCGGGCGUCGUUGGCAACAAGCAAAUGUGCCCUUGCUACAACAACUGGAAGACCCAGGAAGGACGACCCAAAUGCCCUUAAAUUAAAUAUAUAUAUUUAUUUCGAAAAAUCUUGGCUUUAUAUUAUUUGUUUAAUGCAUUAGGACGACCCUAAUGUUAACGUAUGCCCUAGUGUCCUAGCUUCUUGUAGGCUGUGGCUUUAUUUCAUUUGUAUUCAACUUUGUAAACUUCGAUUUGAAAAUGAAAGAAUCUGGUAACAAAGUUGUCGAUCGAAUCAAUCACCAAUUCACCAUA